CCUCAGCAUUAAAACUCCUCCACUGCUCCGGGCUCAGACAGAAAGUCAGCCCAGCCCGUUACCGGAGAGCCAGCCACACGGAGAGGAAAUCAUGCAGGGCUCGCGUGCGCUGAGCUCCGUGAUCAUCGUUCUGAUUGCCCUUCAUCAGUGUUCAGCCUUCUGGCUUCUGAACGUGAUCUUCCCCCCUACAGCCAAACCUCGUGUACCAAGUAACAGCACACUUCCACCACUCAUCAUAGUGCCUGGGAAUUUGGGAAAUCGCCUUGAAGCGAAGAUUGACAAGCCUUCACUGGUCCACUGGUUAUGCUACAAGAAAUCUGAGGACUGGUUUCCCCUGUGGAUCGACCUCAACAUGUUCAUGCCUAUUGGUGUUGACUGCUGGAUUGAUAACAUGAGGAUUGUGUACAAUCGGACAACUCGUAAAACCUCCAAUGCUCCAGGGGUUGAAGUUCGGGCCCCAGGCUUUGGGCAGACAUACACUGUAGAAUUUCUAGACAACAACAAGUUGGCAGGUUAUUUUCACACCAUGCUUCAACAUUUGGUUAAUAUGGGAUAUGUGCGUAACGAAACCGUUCGAGCAGCACCAUAUGACUGGAGGAUUGCGCCAAAUGAGCAGGAUGAAUAUUUCUCACAGUUAAAGCGUCUGGUGGAGGAAAUGCAUGACGAAUACAAGCAGCCUGUUCACCUGCUGGGUCACAGCAUGGGCAGCAACUAUAUCCUCUACUUCCUCAACCAGCAGAGCAAGGCCUGGAAAGACCGUUACAUUAAGAGCUUCAUCUCACUGGGAGCGCCGUGGGGUGGAGCAGUGAAGCCCCUCAGAGUAUUAGCCUCAGGUGACAACGAUGGAAUCCCACUGGUGUCCAACAUCAAGAUCCGUGAGGAGCAGCGAAUGACCACCACAAACCCGUGGAUGAUCCCGUCUGAAGAGGCCUGGUACAAAGAACACGUCUUUAUCUCCACUCCGUUCUUUAACUACACCAACCAGGACUACCAGCGCUUUUUUACCGACAUCCACUUCGAGGACGGCUGGCACAUGUGGGAGGACACGCGGAACCUCACUGCUGGACUUCCCACACCAGGGGUGGAGGUCUACUGCUUCUAUGGCGUGGGCCUUCCCACACCGGUCACCUACAUCUACGACGAGGAGUUUCCCAACUCCGACCCUAUUGACUUUGUGUAUGAUGACGGAGACGACACUGUGGACAGUCGCAGUAUGAGGAUGUGUCAGCGCUGGAUAGGAAAGCAGGAGCAGCCCGUGUACGUGACUGAAUUUAAAGGCUUGCCCCACCUGGACAUUGUGUUCAACCACAAUGUCUUAACCACCAUCCAGGAGAUCCUGGAGGGGACCUUUUAUCAGGAAAAGAGCAUUAAUACAGUUACAGUAAAAACUCCUGCUAAUCAUCCACGAAACACCGUCAGACCAGGCCCAUAGGUAGCACUGAGUGGGGGAAUGUUUGGAAAACACUUGUGGCUUCUGGUUACAAGUGAUGAUUUACUUGGUUUAGGUGUCCGGUUUAAAGCUGUAAUUUUUUUAAAACAUAGUUUCCUGAAUGGUUCUUCGAUCUUAUGUUUAUGUCCGUCUUAUGUUUAUACUAAAACUUUUUAAUCUAUAAAAAUAUUUAAACUUCUUAACAGCUGUAAAGAACCUUUUUUGGCAUCUUUAUGUUAAAUAGAGUUGUUGUCCACUUAGAAUAAAAGGUUGAUUAUGUUUUGUGUCACAUGCUGCAACAUAAGCUUAAACAUGACUCAUCCGCCCUCAUGCUUAACAGUUGGAGAGAUAUUCAUUUCAUAGAAAUAUGUGCCCUUUUUCUACAAACAUACCAAUUCUCAUUAAAGCCAUCUAUAAUAUAUGAUUCUACAGGACUUGUUUCAAAAGCAUCAGGCUUAUUUGUUGUUCCUUUGCAACCUUCUGUCACUACUUUUUGUGUGAGGUGCAGGAAGAUAUAUUUAAAGGUGUAAUUUAACUAUAAAUAUUUAGUAGCAUUUAGUAUUGGCUCUUUAUGAAAUACAAUAUGUCACUCCGAGUUGUAUAUGCAUGCUGAACCUGAAAUUGUUCUUCUAACACCAUUCCCUGCAUUAUCCAAUUAAAAGAAAAUAGACAGAAUGUCAUGAAUAUUCAUGAUAAGAGCAGAAAUCCUAUUGUUUUUCCCCGCCCCCUCCUCCAUCUAAAUAAUACAGCCUGAAGCAGAAGCAAUGGAGCACUUUUUCUCAAAAAUCAGCUCACAGGGCAUUCAGUCAUACUAGAGACCACCACAAAAUUAAUUUAAAAAAUAUAUGAAUUAGACAUUUAAUCAUUCUUUCAUAAAAGCCAUAUUUGUAAAAGUGUUGCUGCACAGUUGAACAGUGCACCACCACCUCUCCAACUUCAGCUAAAUCUUCAGUCAAUGGUUUUAAUUUGUCUUUGGCUUUUUGCCACUUUUUCACUAUUGAUUAAAAUAUCCACAAUAAUACCGAAAAUGUAUUAAAAAAAAAUUAAAUUUUACAAUAUUUUUUGAACAUGUAACCUUUUUAAUGUACCAGCAGACCAACAUGAACAUAGCAUGUUGAACUCAUCAGUUCACAUCAGUUACUAACUGUCUCCAUCUGCUGGACAACAACUCUUAAAGGCAACUUAAAUGAUGUAGUGUAGUAAGUUUUGUGUCCCUAUUAUUAUCAGUAUUUACUAAUAGUCUCUCUUUUAUUUCUAGUGUUAGUAAAGAAGCUCCUUUGUGUCUAACUGCACUAAUAAUGUCUAUAGUCGGUAUAGUAGGUUUGUGUUAUGUUGUCUUUUUUGUAUAUAAAACAUCAGUGGACAAUGUAGACUCCAGCAAAUAUGCACCUGUAUUUAUAUGAUGCAGACUGAAAUGAUGCUAAAUGUUUAAUUCUAUUGUGUGCUUAUGUAUAUAUAUAUAAAACAAAAGGAAAUAAAAGGAAUUUGUAAACUUU